AUGGCCGUUUAUGACUAUGAGAGAGAUCCGGGCUGGCAAUUCCUGCGAAGAUCACGAGAGCAAAUGCUCAAGGACCAAUCCACACCGUACGAUUCAAAGAAAAACGUCUGGGUCCCAGACCCUGAGGACGGUUUCGUGGCCGCCGAGAUCACCUCCAGCACCCCGAACGACGUGACCGUCAUCACCGCCAAGGGCAACCAGCAAACCUUUAAAAGGGACGCUUGUUCCGAGAUGAACCCACCGAAGUUUGAGAAAACCGAAGACAUGUCGAACCUGUCGUUCCUCAACGACGCCUCGGUGCUGCACAAUUUGAGGGCACGAUACGCUUGUAUGCUCAUAUAUACAUAUUCGGGGCUGUUCUGCGUCGUCAUCAACCCGUACAAGAGGUUGCCCAUCUACACGGAGAGUGUCGCGAAUAUGUAUAUGGGGAAGAGGAGAAACGAGAUGCCGCCCCAUCUCUUCGCCGUCUCCGACGAGGCAUACCGUAACAUGCUCCUCGACCACACCAACCAGUCGAUGCUCAUCACCGGCGAGUCGGGCGCCGGCAAGACCGAGAACACCAAGAAG